GUGAAGGACUGUAACCCUACAGCUGAGACAUACCAGAGGUGCGUCAGAUGCGGCGGACUCUCUCCGUAUAACAGCAGGCGAGACAGAGAGGCAAAGGAGCGGCGAUCUACACAUGUUUCUGUGCGCCUGCCAAAUUUAAAAGGCCCCCGAAGACUCCAAAAAUGAUGAACUCCCUUGCUACAGCUCUGUCAGACUUUUUCUUUGAGUAUGAAACCCCCCGGCAAGUACUGGUGAGAAACAAACACAUCGGUGUCGUGUGCCGCUUAGUUCAGCUUGCGGUUCUGGGCUACAUCGUCGGGUGGGUGUUCCUGUACGAGAAAGGCUACCAGUCCACCGGCUCGGCCGUCAGCUCCGUCUUGACCAAGAUGAAAGGCGUGGGCUUCACCAGGGUGAACGGCACGGAGCGCGUGUGGGACGUGGCCGACUACGUCUUCCCCGAGCAGGGGGACUCCUCCUUCGUGAUCAUGACAAAUUACAUCAUGACCGAGGGACAGAGACAGGGUACAUGUCCAGAGCCUUCGGACCAAGGCCUCUGCAAGUCUGACCGCGACUGUGAUGAAGGGAAAUUCAAACGUACGGGACAUGGGCAAAUGACCGGAAAGUGCGUUAACGAAACUGGAACUUGCGAAGUUUUUGCCUGGUGUCCCAUUGAACAUGACCGUGAAAUCCCCAAUCCGCCUCUACUAAUGUCAUCCGAAAAUUACACCUUGUUCAUCAAAAACUCGAUUACCUUCCCGCAGUUUCAAGUUUUCAGGAGCAACCUGGUGGAAGGCAUUGACAACAAAUACUUAAAGAGCUGCAUCUACAACGAAGAAAAAGACCGCUACUGCCCCAUAUUCAGACUGGGAGACAUCGUGAAGCUCGCCAACUUUGAGUUCUCUGCGAUCGCCAGAGAGGGAGGAACUAUUGGGAUCAUCAUCAGCUGGGAAUGCAACCUGGACCUUCCCAUCAAAUACUGUCGGCCCGAGUACCAGUUCCACGGCCUUUACCGGUCUGUGGAGGAGGAGGAAUCGGCCAAGGCGUCCGUGGGCUACAACUUCAGGUACGCCAAAUAUUACAUGGAGGGCGGCGUUGAGAAGAGAACGCUCAUCAAAGUGUUUGGCAUUCGGCUAGACAUCACCGUGCGGGGAGAGGCGAGGAAGUUCGACAUCAUUCCCACUUUGACAGCAAUAGGCUCCGGCGUGGGGAUUUUUGGCGUGGCGACUGUGGUGUGUGACCUGGUACUUCUGCAUGUGCUGCCUAAGAAGAACCUCUAUAAAAAUAUGAAAUUUAAAUACACCGUAAGCCAAGAGGAGGAACCGGUUUUACACUCAGACAGGAUGAAGAAAAACGGAAGUAGCCCAUCAGAGGACUGAGCCUCAGACGUAGACCUCAGCGGGCCUGGUCCCGCCGACCCUCUGGCACUGCACUUACAACAACCGGCACGGGAAAUCCGAGGCAGACAUUCCACCCUAUACUGGACAUUUGUAUGCAGUAAUAUAAAGCUAUGCACUUAUGUUUGCAUUUGGGAAUUGCGUUAAACGACUACUAUUUGGAAUUAAACGCCAUUAUACCACUACGCUGAAAAGGACUCCGGUAUCACUCUGGUCUUUGGUGGGCCAAAGACCAUGGCAAACAUACAAGGUAUAGUUUUCCCAGUCAACGGCACAACCAUGCCAUAAUGAAUAGAGAAAAUGCUUGAGCUGCAUCCAAAGUGCCUUCUGAGUCCAUUAAAUGUGGCACAAAUGGUACUUCAGUCCUUCCAUUUGUCUUUCAAUUGAUCUGCUUUUUUGCUAAAACAUCUGCUGUGGCCUACAUAUUUUUCUCAAUAAAAAUAUAAGAUCUGCCAGAUGUUCAUACAAAUGUUGUGUGUUCUAGGUGAUAUCAGGUAAACACGCUCCUGAAACUUAUAUUUAAUUAAAAACGAUGCCUUAAA